AUGCGGACUACCAACAACACUCCGGGAUUGACUGCGAAAAUAUGGUGCGGGAGGAGGUACCAGGCUUAUUGCUGCAUCGCCACCAAAUGUGGGCUCACUCCUUCUCGCUUCACUAGCUACUGGGUACUGUUUGCUUUCGUCGUCAUCUGUACCCUAUUCGCUCGCAGCAUUGCCUCCAGAGAUCCAGGUUCUUGGUUCUUCGACCCCGACGUGGCGUACGCUCCGAAGUAUAGUGCUGUUCGAAAGUGGCAAGCCGAGCGCUUCAUCGCCUCCGCAUCACAUGCCGCACCUCGAUCCAGUGGCACCCGUACUCCGCAGAUCUGUGUGGGGAUAGCAUCUGUUGCAAGGAGCGGCGCCCGCUAUCUUCGCACUACCGUGGGUUCCUUGCUGGCGGGCUUAGACGAACCAGAAAGAGAUGGAAUCAAGCUUGUUGUUCUUAUUGCUCAUACCGACGCAACGACACAUCCUGCGUACCAAGAGCCAUGGCUUUCCAAUCUGGCAGAUGAGGUCUUGCUCUACAACCUCUCACAGACAGAACGUCUGUACGUCGACUCGUUAGAGCGUGAUGAUGUGGAGCAUCGAACCAAGGGCCUCUACGACUAUACAUACCUGCUUAAAGCUUGUCAUGCCGCUGGUACGCCGUAUAUCGCUAUGAUCGAGGACGAUGUUAUCGCCAUGGACGGAUGGUAUCAUCGUACGAUCGAAGGCAUCAAACAAGCCGAAGCAAGAACAUUCGGAAACGGCUUUCUCUACCUGCGCAUGUUCUACACAGAAGAAUUCCUCGGCUGGAACAGCGCGUAUUGGACAUUCUAUACGUUUUGGUCGAUCUUGACUAUCGCUACCUCGGCUGGAUUGCUCUGCUGGGCUCGAUCAAGCUUUGCCGUGAUAAAAGGAAUCCUGACUCCACGACUCCUGCUGUUCAUCUGCGCUGCUCUAAUACCUUGGGCAAUAGUCUUGGUAUUUGCGGUUGGAAGAGUCACUGUCUUCCCUCUACCCGAAGGAGUCAACGAGAUGAACAACUUUGGAUGCUGCGCACAGGGUCUCGUUUAUCCUCGACACAAAGCCACUAAUCUGAUCGACUGGUAUACAUCGUCGCGAGUCGGCUUUGCGGACAUGCUCACGGAGCAAUAUGCCGACGAACAUGAGGAACAGCGAUGGGCAUUGACUCCGAGCGUGUUGCAGCACGUUGGAGGAAAGAGUUCCAAACCUAACGACUUUGGCCACGGCGCGAAGUAUUCGAUGUCGGUUGCUGGGACAAUCUGGAACUUUGCAUUUGAGCUAAACAAAGUGAAAGAACUGCUUGAGGAACAUAGACUGGCGGCGAUGAAUCCCGCCGUGCUAUAG